UCCUGCGCACGUCACGUGUUUGAACAGCUAAGGGCGGAAGAAGAGGGCUCACAGCUGUAUUACGCACAUCAUGUCAGACAAGCAAGAACGACGACGCAAGGAUGAGGCGGUGCGAGCGACGAUCAUGCAGAAGCUCAUAGAGACCGGGGAGCGCGAGAGGCUCAAAGACCUCCUGAGAGAACGUCUCAUCCAGUGCGGAUGGCGGGACGAGCUCAAGGAGCACUGCAAGGAAAUAAUCCGAGGCAAAGGGUUGGAGAAGAUAUCUGUCGAUGAGCUUGUGGACGAAAUUACUCCGAGAGGCAGAGCAACCGUUCCCGACGAUAUCAAAGCCGAGCUGCUGCAGAGGAUAAGGAAGUUCUUGCAAUCGACAUGAUUUCGAUUGAUCGCGAAAAACCAUCUCGGCUGCUGAUUGUUUUAUUGUUUUUUGUGUAUUGUAAUUUAUGGCGUUGUUUCUUGUUCCCGCUCACGGCCACUAAAAAUACAUGUUGCUGCUGGAGAGCACAUGUGCCUGUGUUGUUUUGUUUCCGCAGGCACGUGUCGUUGAUUUGUUCGUCAGAUGAGUGCUUGGCUGUAGCAACAUGAGAUAAGAGAGAGGCACGUCCAUGAACGUGCUGUGUGUCCAAGCAAAACGUAGAGGAUAGUCGUUUUAGGAUAGUCCACCCCUGCAACGCAGUUCAUUUGUUUCCAACUCGGUUGACCUAGACUUUCCUCGCGGGAUCAUUGUUGAUGGCGCACGUGAGGCUUUUUCAGGGCCGAUUGUAGCGGGCAGGCACACUGUUUUGACAUUGCGCAGGGGCACAUAAUACUUCCAAUGCUACAAGGUCAACGUGCUUCGCGUCUCAUUACGGGCACCGGUAAACAGUUGAUGGUGGCUCUCCAAUUCCACACAAGUGCGUGUGUGUGGUCAUUCAUUUUUUUCUGGGCGUCAUUUUCUUUCACCGUUUGGUAAGUUUGGGCACACAAGCCGGGGGUACAUUAGGGAAAUCUGCAGGGAGUUUUUUUUCUAUUUUGCUCUCCACUCUUUCCUCCUGCGCCGGAGCCAUGAGAAAGACGCGAGAGGGAGUGACAGAGGCGUAGAAUGGUGUCGUCAACACUAGCAUGCAGCACGCACGUAGCGAACCCACUUCGGGUGCCGAUGGAGGCACUGGUGUACGGUUCCAUGACAUGGUCACCACUCAGCGGCCACUAUCAAGACGCUGCGGUCGAUACACCACCGACUGCUCCUUCGAGUUAUCGGGUACAAGCGCAAGAAAGACACCUACCGGCAGCUCUCUUACGCCCAGACGCUGAAGAGGGCCGAAUGCCAGAGCGUUGAAGCCACGAUCCGACAACGACGCCUACUGUUCGCGGGAGCAUUGGCAAGGCAGCCGGACGGGCGACUCCCGAAACGACUGAUGUUCGGCGAACUGGCAGGGGGGGAGAAGCGACGUAGGGGGGGACAGGAACAGAACUGGCCGAAGUGUGUGCUUGACGACCUGAAGGCAUUCGGGGCCGACCACGGAUCUACGAAAACCAAUCCAUGUUGUUUCGGAAUCCCGGUACCGAAAAACACAGCACCGACGUUAACGUGGACGGAAGCCGCGAAGGUAGAGGGGGGAGUACCCUGGCAUGCGGCGGGGGCGCACGGAGGAGGUUG